AUGGGAAUCAUUCUUUUUGCUAUUUCAUAUUACUUGUCUGCUUUUGUUUUAGCUGAUGACAUGCUAAAUCAAUACCAGCCUAUCAAUGACAGUGGGGCAUUAGUAUCUGCUAGAGGAGAUUUCAAGUUAGGCUUCUUCAGUACAAACAAUUCGAUGAGCCGAUACUUGGGGAUAUGGUGUAACAAUAUCCCAGUUCAAACCAUUGUUUGGGUGGCGAACAGAGACAGACCGCUUAAUGAUUCUUCGGGUGGUCUAAAGAUUGGGGAGGAUGGAAAUUUGAUCCUUCUUGGCAGCGGAGGAAUAGUUGCUUGGUCUACCAGUAUCCAGAAUCUAUCAUCAAAACCCACUGCUGCACUGCUCUUAGACUCUGGAAAUCUUGUUUUGAGAAGUGAAAAUGGUGGGAACACAGAAAGUUAUAUUUGGCAAAGCUUUGAUCAUCCUUCAGAUACACUGAUAGCUGGUGUUAUAAGUAAAGGGUCUGUUAAGCAGUACCGAACUGGGAUAUCGAACAGGCUGCAGUUUAAUGGUGUCGAGCCUCAAAACUCUAUCUUCAAUGCUAAUUUCAUCGAUAAUUCAGAGGAGGUGUAUUUCAAGUUUGAUCUAGAUGAACAGAUAACAGGGCUGGUUUUGAAUUACACAGGACAAUGCAAUGUGUGA